GGCUCACUUGUCACCUCGCCAUCAGCUGUUUGUUUGGGCAGAGCUGGAGGAAGAAGGUCGCUCGGGGACACCCUCUCUCUCUCUCUCCUGCCUCAUCUCUCACCAUGUCCUCACGCUACCUGGUCAAGAAGAGAUACAAGAACCUGUCGAGAUAUCGCCUCUACAAGAAUGAGAUCAGCGGCCAUGACACGAACACUGUGUUUCUGGUUCCUGAGGACGGGUUGGAUCACAUGCCACAUAGUGAGAUCAUGAGGGCCCUAAGAAUUCUCGAGGCAGCGCUGCAGCAAUUUGAUGUCACAAAAUUUUCUCUCAUGGCCCAACUCAAGGUUUUACUUAACAACCUUAAUUCUGGCCAAGAGGAGAAUCUUGGAGACAGUGCUGUGAUGGGUGAUAUAAUUUCCCUCAUUAGCAAGCACAAUGGUGUAAAGACUCUGGUAUCUCUGUUGAUGUUGCCGGAUCUUGGAGGUCAGUGUUGUGAUUUGGAGAGAUGUGACCAUUCCAUUAGUGUUGGCAGCCUGCAAGCAACUACACUCAAUAUCCUCAAAAAACUCACCACAUUGGACACGAGCAUUGGGAACCAGCUGAGUGACAGUGACGAAGUACUCCAGAUUCUUUUUUCUCUGAUGCUGGACUCUGAAACAUACACCAAGGCCAUCACCCUCAUCGAACAUCUCCUUAUACUUAGAAAAAGCACACUUCAGCUCAAUACAAUACCUGGACUUGAACGGCUCAUUAGUAAACUGGACGGAGAGUACCUGGCUAAUUUCUGCAGUAUCCUUGCAGUCACAAUUUCAGAUCUAGAUGUUUAUGAAAACAAAACUCUGUUAUAUGAACAGAGUAAACUUCGCAGCAAUAUUAAGAGCCUCUCGCCUCUUCGUGAUAUCAACCAAGAGUAUAUUCUUAGCAUCCCACAAUUCCUUCCACGGCUAGUUAAAUUUGCAACAAAACUGCCAUACGAGCCUCGGUACGAGGGGCAGACCAUGGAAGUCGAUCACUGGAUGCGUCUGAUUGAAGUCUCCAUGUCUGAGGUGCUCUGCCAGCACGAGUCACAGAUGAUGCCCUUCAACUCGAAUUCUUCUUUGUAUGUAACAGAGUUGAUGGAUAGAAUACAACCCCAAGCCAUUGCAAGCCAACUAGAAGCCUUAACCAGUCCAAUGUUGCAGCGUGUUGAGAGUGUUUAUGUCUUAGGACUACUACUGCUUGGUAAACAGCGAAAAGAUGUCCAGACACAACUUGCAAAAUUGCGGCUUAUUCCUCGCCUGUCUCAGCUUUUCGAUCUUUUUAUUUGGAAAUGUGAAACAUAUCAAGAGCGAAUAAGAGUACCUGGUCACUUGAGCUCGUGUGAAUGCAGUCCAGAAGUGGCACUCAAGAUACAGUUCUUGAGACUGGUUCACAGUUUCUGUGACCAGUCAGAAUACAGAUACUUGAUGUUGACGCCUGUGGAAUACCGUGAAGUAUGUAGCAUCAGUGCAGCCAAGGUACUACUAGAAGACACCCCAAGCCCAACCUCAACCACCUGUAUGGACCUGACCUUGACCCAAGGCUCAAAUAGUAAUGAAUGUGGGUCACAAGAGAGCAGUUCUCCAUCAAGUGUUCUUCAAGAAGACAGUAUUGUCAGUAGAGAGUCUUCAAGUAUUAUGAAAUUAGAGCCCUUAGGUGGGCCAGGUCUGUCAACUCAGAUACCAGUGGAGUAUCCUACAGAACAGAUGUGCUCUGGUCCUCAAGGGCUUCUCUCAAAAAUUGUUGAAGCAUUGAAGAAAGAAACAACUGGCUCCACAUUUAGGUUUUGGUUUUCAAGAGCUAUUGAGAGUUACCUUAGAAGUGCUAAUCCAUAUGCUGACCAAGUGUUCCUGCUCAGGAGAGGGCUCUUGAAGCAUCUAGCAGGUUCUUUACUGCAAUGUGAUCCUGGCCCAAGUCAAAAAGAAGUGUUGCAGUCUACCUUUGAUCUGCUUGGAGAACUGCUCAAGUUUAAUGUAGAAGCUUAUCGUAGACUAGACAGCAUCAUUUCUACAGAAAUUAAGGAAAAGAAACUCUUCCGGCUUGUAACCAAAAAUUUGGUGGAUUCCAACAUGUUAGUUCGAUCAUUAGUUUUGUCCAAUGAUCUCUUCACAAGAGAAGGCAAGGCUAUUGAGUUUGCAGCUCGAUCAAGGACACUAAAACAUGUUGCAACGUUCAAGCAAAGACUAGACUUCUUGGUACAGUUAAUCAAGACAAUCAGUGUGGACACUUUAACACAGGAAAAUGUAAGCUGUCUUAAUACAUCAUUGGUAAUUCUGAUGCUGGCGCACCGACAUUCUGAGUUGCCACUUUAUCUCGAGGGUCUACGUAGUCACGUUGAGCCGCACCUCCUAACAAAUCUCCGCUCCCUUCUCCGGUUCUGGCAGACGCAUUACCUUCAUAACAAGGAUAAAGAUUGCAACACACUUCAGAGGAGUUCCGGAAUAUCGUUUGACUUCUGGCGGGAAACGGUGUCAACGCUGGUGGCCGAGAAUAAGCUCUCGCCAGACUGCAUCUUCCACUACCUCUCCCCUGAGGAUCUAAACCUCUCCCGCACCAGCUAGUUGAUGAUACAGUUAGCUGCCGUAGAGGAAAGAAUGCAAAUAUGGAUGAUAAGUUACACCAUAUAAAAAUAAUGUAUUAUAUUUUCAUCAUAACUGUUUAUAUGCAAACAGCAUGAAACAAAAUGACAGUAGCUUGCCUGUUAUGCAAAUUUUUUGCAUUUUUAGUACAAAAUUGUAGCUUUAUGUCCUUUUUGCCUUGAUAUAUAGGUGAUACUUGUACCAAGGCAUGGGAACAUUGUGCAUAGCAUACUGUCAGCUACAUUGUUUUGCUAUUGCUCAUAGCAAUGCAGUAUUUUCACUAUCAGCAGAGAUGAUGAUAACGUACACAACAUAUAGGGAGUAAAUAUGUAUCCAUGAUAUCUAGUCAUGAUAUUUAAUAAAGGACUAGAUUAUAUGGUGAUUAGAAUUCUGACUUGAAUACGUUUGGCACGGGUCAAAAGCUGUACCAAUUUAAUUCUUUACCACUUGUUACGGAUUUGAAUAUUAAUUUCAGAUAUUACACAAGACAUGUUUGGCACGGGUCAAAAGCUGUACCAAUUUAAUUCUUUGCCACUUGUUACGGAUUUGAAUAUUAAUUUCAGAUAUUACACAAGACAUAACAUUGAUCUAGUUCAUUUAUAAUCUUGGGCAAGAGUAAGUUAUUCUGUGUGAAUUAUAAUAAAGUAUUAAGUUUAUACCAUUAAGAAAAUCUAUAUUCCUCCUCUGCAGUUUGCAAACUAUUUUUUUCCUCCAUUCCUAUAAAGCCCAAGUGACUGGUGUGUGCCAUUGUGUGGACGUCAGUGCACGCUCAGCUCGCUGAAUGGUGUUUGCAUGCAAGUGAAGUAAGAAAGAUGGCCACUGGUGCACACUGACCUAUUUUACAAACUAUCCUAUAGUUUUUUAAAUUAAAUAUUUGUUUUUAAUUAAAUGCUGGCAUGCAAAUUUCUUCUGUUUCCUUUGCUCCUAACAGCAAGUAUCUUGCAAUUGAAUAUGUUUUGUUUAAUUACUAAUCAUUUGUAUUUGUGCUGCUAAAUAGUCUUCCAUGCUUUGCACCUUCUUUUGGUAAUUAUUUGAAUUCAUACUUUGUGUUCAUACACACCUCUCUCUGUCUCUUGAUCAGAAGUGCAUUGUUAUAAAUUAGUCACGGGUAACAAAAAGUUGAACAUACUUUUUACAAAGUAAACAUACAAAGUUGACUUUGUAGAAAUGUGUAUUUUCCAGUGUUUGUUGCUAAAUUGUGUUCCCUCUGCAUGUUUGUGUAUAUUGGUACUCAGGAAUAUCUUAUAACUGCAUUGAGGGAUGGCAAGGCCAAGUGGCAAUAGAAAGAAAGAAUAUUAGUUGUCUGAUCCAUUGCUUGAACUCAUAGCUCCCACAUUUCACAGUUCUUGUCAUGCAAUAUAAAACUAGUACUUUUUCAGUCAUUUAAUUUUGAUUUGCACAUUGAGCAGCAGUAUAAUAUUUGAUUAUUUUUGUACUUAUUGAAGCAAGAAAACUGCCCGACUUCCAAGUACAAGUAGUUUUUGCCAACUCUUGCACUGGAAAUGUUCUAAUGUAACAGGUGUCUGGGAUGUUUAAAACAGUGUGUUUACAUUUAAAAACUUCUCAUUACAAUCUUAACACUUUAAGUUCUGAUGGCACAAAAUGCAUCAUAAAAACUUACGCUUUAUAUUUUGAUGAUGAAAUAUGCAUUAUCAGCCUGUAAAUUUUCCUUAAACAUAAAUUUUGCAUCAUGACACAACACACAUGCACCUCACGAGUGGGUAGUGCUCGGCAGCCCAUGUGGCAAGUAGGUCACACUUUUCAUUAUCGUUCCUUCAAUGUGACCAAGUCAUCUCGAUGCACAUUUCAAUAUUAUAAUGUGUUGACUUGCACUCUACAUCCUACCGUGACACAUUCAUUAUCUUCUCAUUAUCCUAAAAAUGGCACUUGUUCAUUUCUGCUGAUUUAACUUAGACUUUGUUCAUGUUCAUGCCAUACCAGCUUCUCACAUGUCAACAUCUCUCUCAUAUUUUUCAGACAAGGGCUUCCAUAACCCCAGCCAAUUUUCCUCCUUAAUUUACUGCACUCUCCAAUACAUGUUCCUGUAUAAAUUACUUGAUUUUUUUUUUGAGUUACAGACCUCAAGUAUUUGAACACACUGGCCUAAUUUAAACACUUCCAUGACCUCACUACUUAUGUUACCUCUAUUUUGUACAUUUGUUUAGAUCUCUCCUCUUCACCAUUAACUUUCAUACACAUUCACCUUUAGCAGUGUUCUCUUAAACCAGUCAACAGAACUGCCAUCUAAUCUACUGCACAUAUAUACAGUAUAUUUCUUAUUUCUGCUAAUAGAACUGUCCUUUGAAUACAUCAACUUUUUCAUGUAGUACUGUAUUCUAUGUACAUGUUUAUAUCAUAUACAGUGACACCUCUGAAAUUUGUACCUCCCUAUAAUGAAUCCCUCUAAUUAAUGAACCAAAUUCAACCACUGGAUCUCCCCCUCCAAAAUUUAAAUAAAAACAAAUAAAAAAUUCCAGUUUUUGGUAUUGUUCAAUGGAUGUCAGAAAUGUUGUUCCGAAAAUAUUACGAAACAAUUUCUUUUUAAUUAUUUAUUAGAACAAUAUCCCAAGAUAUUUCAUACAAAAUCUGAGUUAAGAGUUUUGGGUGUAGGAAGUUAAUGAGUGGUUCAUUGGUGUCCUGGUCCUGCCUUUGAUAAUAAGCUUUAAGGGGCUGGAUCCUGAGAUACACUGACAAUGAGGAAGACAAAUCUUUAUAAACAGGUUCUGGUAGUUUUUUUCAUUAUAUAAGAGAAAAUUCUAAUUUUGUUUGGUUAAAUUUACCCUCAAAGAGCAAUGGUUGAUGCCUUGGGAAAGUCUUUAAGCAUAUUAAAAGCAAAAGUCUAUGAUUCAUUCUCAUUUUGAGUUUUAUAUGAAAAAUAUAGAACAUUUUAUUUUUUUUAUACAAGGCCAUCAAUAUAUAUAGUGAUGGCCAAAAAAGGUAAAAUUUCCUGAAAUGAUAGGGAUUUCAAACAAAUCGGGAUUGGGUCUAGUUUUAUAACCUCAUCUAUAUAUAUGCAUUAAACAUCCCAGGGAACAUUACUCAGCCUGGCAUACUUCUCCAUUAAUUCCAAGCCACUCACUCAUUACACCAUUAACUUUACACAUGCGAAACUAUCUGAAUAACAGCUCUUCAUAGCUUGCAAUUACAUUCCUUUAACUUCAUAAAUGCUCAUUGCUCUUCAGACUCCCUCUCUUUAUGUUGACCAGACUACACACUAGAAAGUGAAGGGACGACGACAUUUUGGUCCAUCCUGGACCAUUCUCAAGUCGAUUGAGAAUAUAAAGUCCCUCUCUUUACAUUGUCAUGCUGUGUCGGUAAAUUCAUAUAUUAGGUAUAACCUUUUUCACAUAAAUUUACUAAACUAGUUUUCUCCUUUGCUUUAUGGUAGCUAUUUCUGCUUGUGCUAUACCUCAUUGUUACUGUACUAGUGGCUCUCCACUAUUUCAAGAGUUCAUUAAUUCAUUAACUUCUCAUCUGUGGAUAUGUCUGGCAUUCUUCUUUCAUCAGCAAAAAUGCACUUUUUCACAUUUUCAAUUCAAAAUACUCAUUCCUUCACCUUCAAAUUUCUUCUUCUCCAUUUAACCAUAAUAUUUAGGUAUUGCCAAUAAGGAUGCUGUAUGGAUUUCAAAAGAUAAUCAUUUGAUUAUUAUUUGUUGUGUCUUGACUACAUAGUCUUCCUGGCCUGGUGCCUUUUAUCAAUAAUUACAUCCUUGCUUUGUCUAUGUAUUAUCUGGAGAGCAUCUUUACAUAUUGACUUAGAGUUUUAAAGUCAUAGAUGUGGUGGUGCAAGGAAAGUACCUUUUAUUGGGUCAUGUAGCCCUCUUGGUUGCAGAUUUUAAAAUAAUCUAAACCAAUUUGAUGGGGAUAUUCCUAGAGGUGUACACCUCUUAAAACAAAUUAGAGUUGUGUUUCUUCAAAAUUAUUUUGGAUUUUAUUUAGUUGUGUAUAAUUAACUGCUGUACCAUAUAUUUAUUUUCAGCCUUCUAGAGAAAUUAUAAUUGGCUUUAAUUAUAUAUAUACAACAUGCAUAUACAGUACAGUAUAUAUGUUGUACCUUAUAGCCAGAACUGCACUAUUUAGCCAAGUAUGCAAGGCCCAAUUUACCUAACAGGCAGAGUGAUAUUAUUUAUUUUCAAUUAUUUCUUUCAGAUUUCUUUAUUCCAAUUAAUAAUAUAUUCACAUUUAAGAACACAAAUUACUGACUUGGGUAGGGUUGGGUUAGGUUUGAUCAAAUUUGUUUUAGUUUUAACUCAAAUUAAAAAAAAAAAAAGAUACUGUAAU